UUUGUAAUAUUAUUAGCUGACAACAAAGUCACACUACGAUAUGGAUUGCAACGGAGUGAACCUUGAAAUUCCUGUUUGGCUUAAAAGACUAAAUUCCAAGCCAAUAAAUUAUUUAAAAAAAAGAACAUAAGCCAGUGAUUUGACAGGUCAUUUAUGUAUCCUCGUUGAGUUUGUGUUGAAAACUUUAACAAAUUUUGCACAUAAUUUCGUUAUUCGAUCUGUCGAAGUAUAAAUCAAAAUGGUCGCGAGGGUCGCUGGCGUUUUCGAUGAGAAAUUGACAGAAGCUAUUGCAAAUUCUAAAUUGCUGGUAGUGGGCGCCGGCGGCAUUGGUUGUGAGAUCCUUAAAAAUCUCGUGCUAACCGGCUUCCCAUAUAUUGAAAUUAUCGACCUUGAUACUAUCGACGUAAGCAACUUGAAUCGUCAGUUUCUUUUUCACAAAGAGCAUGUUGGGAAAUCAAAGGCUCAAGUUGCAAAGGAUAGCGCCCUUAGUUUCAACCCUAACGUAACAAUCGUAGCUCACCAUGACAGUGUAAUCAGCAAUGACUAUGGUGUAAAAUACUUCAAACAGUUCAACAUUGUGAUGAAUGCACUGGACAAUCGUGUUGCCCGUAACCAUGUUAAUAGAUUGUGUCUUGCUGCUGAUGUACCUCUUAUAGAGACAGGUACAGCAGGAUAUGCUGGUCAGGUGGAGCUCAUCAAGAAAGGUCUGACUCAAUGUUAUGAAUGCCAGCCUAAAGCACCACAGAAAUCAUUCCCAGGUUGCACAAUUCGUAAUACACCUUCAGAACCUAUUCACUGCAUUGUAUGGGCAAAACACCUCUUCAACCAAUUGUUUGGAGAAGAAGACCCUGAUCAAGAUGUGAGUCCUGAUACAGCUGACCCUGAGGCUGCAGGUGAUGCUGGACAAUCAGCGUUGUCUAAUGAAAGUACUACUGCCGGUAAUGUUGAAAGAAAAAGUACCAGAGCCUGGGCAGCAGAAACUAAUUAUGAACCAGAAAAGUUAUUCACAAAAUUAUUUGGUGAUGAUAUCCGUUACUUACUAUCUAUGGAGAAUUUGUGGAAGAAACGUCGGCCUCCCACUCCACUGUCAUGGGAAAAUCUACCUGGAAAAGAUGCUCCAAAAAUUCAACAUUCAGGGUUGCCAGACCAAAGAGUUUGGACAGUAUAUGAAUGUGCACAAGUAUUUGCAGCAAGCUGCAAGGCUCUACAGACAGAUUUGAAAUCGCGUCCGGGUGACGACCAUCUUGUAUGGGACAAAGAUGAAAAAAGUGCCAUGGAUUUUGUAACUGCCUGUGCUAACAUACGCGCACAUAUCUUUAAUAUACCACUAAAAUCACGAUUCGAAAUCAAAUCAAUGGCAGGUAACAUCAUUCCGGCAAUCGCAACGGCCAAUGCAAUAGUGGCUGGUCUGGCUGUGUUACGUGCACAGUCCAUACUGAAAGGAGAAAUAGAAAGCUGCACUAGUGUGUACUUGAGACCUAAAGUAAACCACAGGGGACAGCUUUUUGUUCCUGAAAAAACAUUAACUCCACCUAAUCCUAAGUGCUAUGUCUGUCCCCCAAAGCCAGAAGUGGCUCUAGCAUGCAACUUGAAAAAACUCACAUUGAAAGACCUAGAUACGGCUUUCAAAGAGGGCUUAAACAUGCAAGCCCCAGACGCCAGUGUAGAAGGCAAAGGUCUUGUUAUUUUAUCUUCCGAACCAGGAGAAACUGAACACAACAAUGACAAAACUCUGGAACAAAUCGGCUUGAAUGACGGCUGUGCAUUACUUGUGGAUGAUUUCUUACAAAACUAUGAAGUCAGGGUCAGACUGCAGCAGGAAGAUGAAGAAAAUUCUUGGCGGCUGGUAACAGAUACCGAUGAACCGAUGCCGGCGCCUAAAGCAGCAGAAAAUUCCGCUAACGGCUCCAAUGGCGCUAAGGAUCCUGCACCAGGACCUUCCAGAUCUCGCCAGGACAGCGACAGUGAUAUGGAGAUAAUCGAGGAAGAUGACGACGAACCCACAAUGAAACCACCUAAGCGCAGGCGUGUCGAAAUGUCAGAUGAAGUUGUCGAAAUAUGUUAACAAUUUAAGUUCCCUUUUUGACAUUUAGUAUUGGCUCCGAUUCGGAGAAAUGACUGAACUAAAUGACAUCCGAUUUAUUUAACUUAAUGCAAAUACAUGAUUGUUGAGUCAGCGAUCUGAAUAAAACAUGGAAACGAAUAAACAAUUUAAAAGUCAAACUGUAAAUGACUUACAAUUUUUAACAAUUUGAUAGACAUAAUUUUGAAAUCACUAGAAUUUUCUUACUUUUGUAAAUGUAUUGUUAAUUUAGAAAUUCUUAAAAUUUUAAAGUAAAUACAUAUGUAUUGCAUAACUAGAUAAGUGUAUAAUGAUAAAAACAAUUCCCGAAAUCGUAAUUAGGAUAAAUGAAUACUAAGUUAAGCAAUACUUUGAAUUUUAUUGAGUAAUACAAAACUAGCUAUUGUAAGAAUACUUCUCAAAUUAAUAAAUUACAUUUCAAAAA